CCGUUACCCUUUAAAUGCCCACGUCAAAGGCUCCCCAACAACAGGCCACAGGCAGUGAACCGUCUCAAGUCGCUAAGGCGCCAGUUUGAAAAGAGGCCUGAAAUGAGAGACCACUUUCUCAUUUUCAUGGACAAGAUGUUCAAGAAUGGUCACGCUGAGCUGGCCCCUCCUUCCGGUGUGGGUGGAGAACAGUGGUACCUGCCAAUAUUUGGGGUGUACCAUCCAAGAAAACCAAACCAAAUCCGAGUAGUCUUCGAUUCCAGCGCCCAGUACAACGGUGUGUCACUCAACGACGUGCUGUUGACUGGGCCUGAUCUGAACAACACACUGCUCGGUGUACUGUUGCGCUUUAGAAAGGAAGCAAUCGCUUUUACAACGGACAUAGAGCAGAUGUUCUAUUGUUUUUCAGUGAGGGAAGACGAUAGGAACUUCCUACGUUUUCUAUGGUUCCAAGAUAACGACCCCUCCAAAGACAUUGUGGAGUAUCGAAUGACGGUCCACGUCUUUGGAAAUAGCCCUUCACCCGCAGUAGCGAUUCAUGGAUUGCACCAGUCUGUUCAGGUCAGUGAACUCCACAUUGACGCUGACGUCCAACGUUUUGUGAUGCGCGACUUCUAUGUAGACGAUGGGUUAAAGUCCCUACCCACAGUCGAAGCUGCAGUCAACUUGCUGAAAAAAACACAGGAUAUUCUCUCCAAAUCCAACCUAAGACUACACAAGAUCGCAGCAAACAACAAGGAGGUCAUGGAGGCCUUUCCGGCUGAAGAUCGUGCAAAAGACCUUAAAGACCUUGACCUCAGUGCAGAUGCGCUGCCGAUGCAGCGUAGUCUAGGUAUCAAUUGGGACCUCGAGACCGACUGCUUCCAAUUCAGCGUCUCCGAUGAGAAGAGACCAUACACUCGACGGGGUGUCUUGUCAACAAUCAACAGCCUCUACGAUCCUCUAGGGUUUGUAGCGCCAGUCACAAUACAAGGCAAGGCUAUUCUGAGAGAGCUAACAACUGAGAAAGGUGACUGGGACUCGCCUUUGCCUCGAGAAAUGGAGGAAUCAUGGACAUCGUGGAGAACAUCCUUAACAGAACUGUCCCAGCUGUCUAUUCCCAGAGCCUACACUACAACUUCCCCCGCAACAGCUGUCAGAAGGGAAUUGUGCGUAUUUUCUGACGCAUCCACCAAAGCUAUUGCCGCUGUGGCAUACCUAAAAGUAACUGACUCUGCUGGAAAUAACCAUGUCGGAUUUGUAAUGGGCAAAGCCAAGCUGGCCCCCCGUCCUGAGCAAACAAUUCCGAGACUGGAACUUUGCGCAGCAGUGCUUGGAGUGGAGUUAGCAGACCUAAUCUCGACAGAAUUAGACCUUCAGCUCGAUGCUACAACCUUCCACUCAGACAGCAAGGUGGUCCUUGGCUACAUUUCUAAUGAAACUAGGCGCUUUUAUGUGUAUGUAAGUAACCGGGUAUUGCGUAUCCGAAGAUCCUCUCGCCCAGAUCAAUGGCGCUAUGUGUCAACAGAACAGAACCCCGCAGACCACGCUACACGUGCUGUCACUGCAGGCCGUUUGAAUGACACAAACUGGCUGAGCGGGCCCAAAUCUCUGUACACACCGGAGACCAGUACCUCAGAGAGCACCCAUGAACUUGUGGACCCGAGUGCAGACUCAGACAUUCGCCCUCUGGUAUCCACUUUGAGCACUACGACAACAUCCAACCAGCUCGGUUCUCAGCGAUUCGCAAGGUUCUCAUCCUGGAAGUCGCUAACUCGGGCCAUUAUUCGCCUCAUACACAUAGCUCGCCUUUUCAACAGCACCUUGAAGAACAGCCUUUGUAAAGGCUGGCAUCACUGCAAAACAGGAUUCAAUUUUGAGGAAUCUAAUCAAGCAUCGCACAUCAUCAUUCGAGCAGUACAGGAGGAAGCCUACAGUCAAGAGAUCAAAUGUGUCCAAAAACAUGAGCAGAUCCCUAAAGAUAGUCCUCUCAAAAAUCUGGAUCCUUUCAUUGAUGCACUCGGCCUUCUGAGAGUCGGAGGCCGCCUCCACAAUGCAAACCUUGUUCAGAGCGAGAAGACCCCAGUGAUCAUUCCUGGCAAGCAUCAGGUUGCAACCUUACUCAUCAAGCAUCACCACGAACAAAUCUAUCACCAAGGUCGUCUGUUUACGGAGGGGGCCGUCCGUACAGCUGGCUUUUGGAUAGUUGGUGGUAAAAGAAAGGUGAGCAACAUCAUCCACCAGUGUAUAACCUGCAGAAGGCUUAGAGCCCCACUUACAAUCCAGAAGAUGGCCAGUCUUCCAGCGGACCGUCUCUCAACAGAACCUCCCUUUACGAAUGUUGGGCUUGAUGUGUUCGGCCCUUGGAGUGUCUCUUCACGUAGAACAAGAGGAGGCCACUCACACAGUAAACGAUGGGCCGUAAUCUUCACGUGCAUGAGUGUACGAGCGGUUCAUAUUGAAGUCAUAGAAUCCCUUGACACAUCCAGCUUCGUCAACGCGCUAAGGCGCUUUCUUGCUGUGCGCGGCCCUGUCAAACACAUCCGCUCAGACCGUGGCACCAACUUUGUAGGCGCCUGCCGGGAGUUGAAAAUACCCUCAAACAUUGACAACACAACUGUGAAGACUUACCUGUUAGGUCAAGGUUGCUCGUGGACCUUUAACCCUCCGCACGCCUCCCAUUUUGGCGGUUCGUGGGAAAGAAUGAUUGGUCUUGCAAGGAGAAUCCUGGACGCCAUGUUCCUUCAGCUGAAGGACAAACUUACCCACGAGGUGCUGGUGACUUUCAUGGCAGAAGUUACAGCCAUUAUAAAUGGCAGACCUCUUGUUCCUGUGACAACCAACUCUGAGGAUCCAUUUAUACUCACUCCAGCUGCCCUUCUCACGCAAAAGGUGAAAGUCUUGACUGCCCCUACCGGAGAGUUUGGAGUUUCAGACCUUUACAAGCGCCAGUGGCGACAGGUCCAGCACCUGUCUAACACCUUCUGGGACAGAUGGCGAAAGCAAUAUCUCCCGACACUACAGGCACGUAAGAAGUGGCAUUCCGCUCAUCCAAACAUCAGCCCAGGAAGUGUUGUUAUCCUCAAGGAUUGUCAAGCACCAAGAAAUGAAUGGCCUCUUGGACGGGUAACACAGGCGUUCCCCAGCGAGGACGGGAAGGUACGAAAGGUCGAGAUCAAGGUCGCACGAACAGGAGUGACUAAACUCUUUCUUAGGCCUGUUUCUGAGAUAGUGCUUCUUUUCCCCCCAGAGCCCUAGUGGAGUGAACUGUCUAGGAUUUAUUGGGUGGCGUGUAUUCACGCCAAGCGGGGAGUGUUUUGUCACAAACGUUAAAUCAAUGCUAUGUUUUAUUUUGAAAACAGGAAAUGUGAUGUAAUUUGUCAGGUGAGUCAAUGAAGAAUAUGGCUCAGAACUGCUGUUUGUAUUGGUAGCUUUUCAAUCCAGUUGAGUCUGCAUGCAUCCUAUACCUUUUUGAUAGCAUCGUUGUUUUACUCUUUCUCAUGUCAAUAAACCUGUGGACAACGGACCAUUGUCUUCAGAGUCGUGAUGUCAGAAAAGAGUUCGUCUAACUGCCAAGGUGUAUCGGAGCGCAUAUACCGAGGGCGGCAUAGU